AUGCUGAUCUCGCUGGAAAAUGCCCCCUGGAUCCUGCUGGGUCUGGCGGUCGCCUACUACCUGGUUCCGUACCUGCAGCGGUCGCGGCUGCGCGAUAUCCCUAGCCCCAGUCUAGCGGCCUUCACCAACCUGUGGCUGCUGCUACAAGCCCGCCAAGGUAAACGCUAUGUGUCGGUUGACCAGGCUCACAAGAAGUACGGCAAGCUGGUGCGCAUUGCCCCUCGCCACGUCUCGAUUGCCGACGAUGCCGCUAUCCAAGCUGUCUACGGACACGGCAAUGGAUUCUUGAAGGCUGACUUCUAUGAUGCCUUCGUCUCAAUUCGCCGUGGUCUCUUCAACACCCGCGACCGUGCCGAGCACACCCGCAAGCGCAAGACCGUGUCGCACACCUUCAGCGCAAAGUCCAUCGGCCAGUUUGAACAGUACAUCCACGGUAACAUUGAGUUGUUUGUCAAGCAGUGGAACAAGAUGUCUGAUCUUCAGGCCAACCCGAAGACUGGAUAUGCUAGCCUCGACGCUCUCAACUGGUUUAACUAUCUGGCCUUUGAUAUCAUCGGUGACCUGGCUUUUGGCGCCCCCUUCGGCAUGUUGGAGAAGGGCGAGGAUAUUGCCGAGAUGCGCAAGAGCCCCAAUGACCCGGCCAAGUAUGUUGCUGCUGUUGAGGUCCUCAACCGUCGUGGCGAAGUCUCCGCCACUCUCGGCUGCCUGCCCGCUUUGAAGCCCUUUGCCAAGUACUUCCCCGACCGUUUCUUCACCGAGGGUAUCGAGGCUGUCGAGAAUCUGGCUGGUAUUGCCAUUGCGCGAGUCAACGAGCGUCUCAAGCCCGAGGUCAUGGCCAACAACACCCGUGUCGAUCUGCUCGCCCGUCUGAUGGAGGGCAAGGACCAGAAUGGCAACAAGCUUGGUCGUGAGGAGCUUACCGCCGAGGCUCUUACCCAACUGAUUGCCGGCUCCGAUACUACCUCAAACACUGCCUGUGCCAUCCUGUAUUGGUGCCAGCGCACCCCUGGCGUCAUUGCCAAGCUCCAGAAGACUUUGGACGAUGCCAUCCCUAAGGAUAUCGAUGUUCCCACUCACGCAAUGGUCAAGGAUAUCAGCUACCUCCAGUGGGUCAUCUGGGAGACCAUGCGUAUCCACAGUACCUCCGCCAUGGGUCUUCCCCGCGAAAUCCCCGCUGGUGCCGACCCCGUCACCAUCUCCGGCCACGUCUUCGGACCCGGCGACGUUCUUUCCGUGCCCAGCUACACCAUCCACCGGUCCAAGGAGAUCUGGGGUCCUAACGCCGAAGAGUUCGACCCGGAGCGCUGGAGCCCCGAGCGUCUCACUCCUCGCCAGAAGGCCGCUUUCAUCCCCUUCAGCCACGGGCCACGCGCCUGUGUUGGUCGCAACGUCGCCGAGAUGGAGCUUCUCGUCAUGGGCGCUACUGUUUUCCGCCUCUUCGAGUUCCAGAUCGAGCAGGAUGGCCCAAUGGAGACCCGCGAGGGUUUCCUGCGCAAGCCCCUCGGUCUGCAGGUCGGCAUGCGCCGCCGCCGCAACCGCGCUUAA